GGCUGCGUCUCUUAUAAAGUGAUAGCAGAAUACACCACACCAACACAGUUUCUGGCAUAACAUUAAAUUUCCAAAACUGCAACCAUUCUAUACUAAUUAAUCCACACUUCUACCUUAACCAAACCAAAACCUUCUUUUUCUUUCUCUGUUUUUCUUUAAUGUGGUUCUUCGUUUCUUGCUUCGGCGGUGCAGCCGAUCCUACCGCCUCCACCAAGUCCGUUGUCCCUCCGCCUUCCCGGACUCUCCGCCGCAAGCCCCAAUGGAAACCCACCCUCGGAUCAAUUUCAGAGAACACCGCGCCGCCUCACAGGGAAAGGGCCACGACGGCGGAGUCUGCCGGAGACAUCAAAAAGAGUGAGAACAGCGCCACUACAAAGUCUCACCGCCGUCACUUCAGCGAGGGUAGCGAUUACGGUUGCAGGCGAGUUACCGUUGGAGCAAUGCCAGCAUUCUCUCCUACGCCAUUCAUUUUCUGAAAAUUACAAUUCUGCUCGUAAAUCAGAUGUACAUACAUGUUCAUAUGUGGCUUAGAAUAAACGAUAAAUUUGUAGUUUUAUUGUGGUGGCACUUGCGAAUGAAAUGGGCUUCAGCACAGUAUCA